GAGCGCGUUUGCGGUUGUAAUCACAGUGGCCUGGCCAUCGUCGUCGUCAUCAAUUCGGCUAUCGUAUUCAUGGUGCAACUAGGAAUCUUUGAUAAUACAUAUUGCGCAUACGUUUUUCAUUACUCUUUUCAAGUGUAUAGUGUUAUUAUAUUUUAUUAUUUUGUUAAAUGUGUCGUGAGUGAGUGCUCCCUCUUCCCCCAUCGAGUUGUUGUUUUUGAGAAAUCGAAAGAGAAACGACAACGACAUUGAUUUUCUUUGAGACGUAUUGUUUUGCCAGUGCGCACUGAAAUUCUGGAAGGGAUAGAAAUAAAGCUAUAAAACGGUAAAUUAUAUGUUGUAGAGGUGAAAAUACGUAAAAAUAUAAUGAGAUUUGCAAAGGACGAGAAUCGUAAAUGAAAAGGCAGUGGGUGAUAUUUAAACGCGUUGAGAUAUGCGAGCGGAAGGAGAAGUGGAUGGGGAAAAGUAGGUGGUGAAGCCAGCCGUAUACGUCGUGAGCAGUAGUGGCGAUAGCAGAAUCAAAAGCAACGUGCUCUUGCCCUGGCAAAUACUAGCAAUUAGUGUGGUGUGUAUAUUAAUGCCUCUCGCUUCUUUUCACCAAGUAGUGUGGUGAGUUUUUGGUCACGCAAAGCAACAAAAAAAAAAACAUUAAUAACAUACUAACAGCUCAACAACAAAACGAGAACUAUCAACAUUAUUGUGUUGAUACCUUAAAACUGCAGGGGCAGUGGAGCUGGUAAAAUUAUAGAAGAGCGCGAAUAUCUUAUCGUGUCCGCCUGCUGCUCUUUGCCCUGCGCUGAGCUGUUAAUACCGGCCGUCGUUGCGUAUCUUUGCUUUACGUUUCGUCGCGUAUGAGUGUGUACUCACACGAAUUUUAACAAAUGGCAAGACAUUUUUAAAACAACAACUGUUGAAUUCCUCUGAUUGGAAAAUAAAUAAUAAAUAAAUCAAAUCAAAGAGUUUGUACCUUUGGCUAUGAAUUAACAUUUGAAAAUCUAGAAAAGUUCAUCAUGCUCGACAAUUGAAGAGGUGGAAAUUGUUACAGUUUUUAUUUGUGGUAAAAUCGUAAAUUAAGAAAUUUUGAUGUGUAUUUUUGAAAGUUACAACAUACGGGUUUAGCCUGUAAUCAUAAUAAAAAAACCGUGUCAUCUAUUGAAGUCGAACCAAUCCUUUCGGAGAAAAGUUGAAAAACUUAAAAAUCGUUUUUACUUGACAAACUGCGGUAGUUUUCGCAGGAAUUAAUGAAGUAACAACUAAAGGUGUCGAUUAUUUGGUGAAGGUAAUGCGGCAAAUUAAUUAAGGUUGUUUCUUGCAACACAGGAACCUCAUGUGGAAGUCGCGUCGUCGGCGUCGGGUCCAUUGAUUGCCAUAUACAGAGUUGUUGUUAUUAUCAACGUUUUAGUCAUUCACUAGUUCAUCGCUCUUUGAGCGAACGCUUCGAAAAAGAUAAAUAAAUUGUUGCCAUAAAUUGAAAUUGUGAUCGCGGCGCGCUAAGCUAAUUCUUGUCCUGAGAAAAGUGGAUACAUUGAAAAUAAACCGCAAUACCCGAUAACCACAUAGCACUAGCGGCUGUUCCCAGUUUUUGUUGGAUGCAAUUAAUUUUUAGAAAUACUCUACGUACAACAGUUUAGCCGAGGAAGGAAGCAUACGUUUCUGGAUUUCGAUUCCUGAAAAAGUUUAAUAGCCUCAAGUCAACUACUCUCGAAGCUGUUUUAACCAUAAAAACACCAGCAAAGCCAUACCCGUACAAAUACAGAUAGCAAAUAAGGAACGCCUAAGCUUUGGGAGGUGGAAGAAAGCAGCGCGAUAGGAGAGGUCGCGGAAUUUUCUCUAACUCAUUCUGCAAAAAAGCGGAUAUUUUAUACAACUGCGCUACCUGUUUGAAUAUAAAUUGUGCAAUUGUUGAAUCCACACUCAAUUACAACUGAAACCUACAAUUUGAAAUAAAAUAACAACAAAAACUGCAUAACCGUCCAUCAGCAAAAGCUGAAUCUGCCUUUGAGUGGCAUUGCUUGGUUUUCCCUUGAAAGUAAUGAAGCUUUUAAUAACGUUUUAUAAAUAAACUGAAAACAAAACAAAAAUCAAAAACCAUAAAAAUAGUGCGUGGCAAUCCAUAUACCAGUCCCUAGUAUAGUGCCAAUAGCAGCACUCUAAAAAGGCGAGAUCAAAUAAAAUCACGAAGAAAAAGAGGAAGAGAUAUUUUUAUAAAAAAAAUUUAAAAGUAAGCCGUGCAGACUUGAUUGUUGCACUUGGAUAUUUUUGUACGAAGUGAACGGGAUUUAUUCACCAGGCAUAAAGGUGGUAGUAGUACAAAAUGGGUAGGAAAAAAAUACAAAUAUCACGCAUCACAGAUGAGCGCAACCGACAGGUUACUUUUAACAAACGCAAAUUUGGCGUUAUGAAGAAAGCCUACGAGCUGUCGGUUCUGUGUGAUUGUGAAAUCGCCCUUAUCAUUUUCUCAUCAAGUAACAAAUUAUAUCAAUAUGCUAGCACUGAUAUGGACAAAGUCCUGCUCAAAUACACCGAAUACAAUGAGCCACACGAGUCACUUACGAAUAAGAAUAUAAUUGAGAAGGAGAAUAAAAAUGGCGUCAUGUCACCGGAUUCACCCGAACAGGAGGCCGAUUUCACACUCACGCCCCGCACCGAAGCCAAAUACAAUAAAAUCGACGAAGAUUUCCAACUAAUGAUUCAACGGACUCAAAUGGCCGGUGCAAGCGCAUCCGGACGUAAUCUCGGCAAUACGAACUACACGCUGCCGGUGUCGGUACCAGUGCCGGGCGCCUACGGUGAUGCCAUGCUGCAAGCGAGUCCGCAAAUGUCUCACACAAAUAUCAGCCCACGGCCGUCGAGCUCAGAGACCGACUCAGGUGGGAUGUCGUUAAUAAUUUAUCCAUCGGGUUCCAUGUUGGAGAUGUCAAACGGUUAUCCACAUUCACAUUCGCCGCUUGGUGGAUCGCCCAGUCCAGGACCGAGUCCAGGUUUAGCACAUCAUUUGUCCCACAAGCAACAGUCGCCGGGCGGCCAAAAUGGACGUGCUUCCAACCUACGACUCGUCUUACCAACACCACUUGCUCAAAAUAUGUCAGCUACAGAUGAGAUUACCUAUGGAGAUCAGCGACACAAUCAGGCAUCACUCAAUACGCCCGUGGUGACGUUGCAGACGCCAAUACCCACCAUGACCAGCUAUACGUUUGGACCGCAAGACUUUUCGAUGAGUUCCUCCGAUGUCAUGAGUUUACAGCCAUGGACCACACAUCAGGGACUCGUGCAGCACUCGGGUCUCCCCCACCUGGCCGUACCGAAUAGCACACCACCGCCUGCCACCUCGCCCGUCUCGAUCAAAGUCAAAUCCGAGCCACAAUCACCGCCACGAGAUCUCUCUGGUUGCCAUCAUCAGCAGAACAGUAAUGGCUCGGCGGGAAGCAGCGGUAGUGGAGGCGGUGGCGGUGGUGGAGGCGGCGGAGGAUCAUCAAACAACGUUUCCACCUCCAAUGCGCUCUCUCUUGCCAAUAUGAAUGCGGCGGCGGUGAUAGCGGGCAGCACUGGUGCCAACGGUGGCGGCAACUCAGCGUCCGAGCAAGCUGCUAAUUUGAGUGUUCUAAGUCAUCCGCAACAGCACCUGGUGAUGCCCGGUUCAAGACCUUCCUCCACAGGCCAUCUAACGCCGACGCAAGGAGUGCUAGAUAAAUAUGAAGGAUAUCAAUACCGCUCGCAACUGGGGUCGAAUUCUAGACUAUGGAAUUUCGCCGACUUUAUAAUUUUCAAUACAGGUUCGGUCACCCCCACCAAUGUGCCAUCGCCCGAUCUACGGCUAACAGCCAAUCAACAGGCGCAACAUCAGCAGCAACAGCAACAAGCGCAACAACAACAGCUGAACGACUAUGAUGGGCCGAAUCAGGCGCACAAGCGUCCACGCAUCUCCGGCGGCUGGCCAACAUAGCCUG